CGACUGAGUUUAUGCAUUAAUUGAACUCUGAUAAGCAUAUCUAAUUGAACUAAAGUUCAGUGCUUUUCUGUGGUUAGUGAUAACAUUACCGGUGCUAAUUUAAAGGCUCUCAAGAUGCAUCAAGCAUACAGUGUGCAGUCUAUAUUAAAGCAAGGCGUCCAAAUUGAAGCAAUUGCUGCUUUUGGUAAUCAUGUUAUCUUGGGCACAAGAAGCGGUCAGCUUAUCAUGUAUUCUGUGGAUGAAGCCAAGGGAGUGGAUAUGCGCAUGUUUAACAAAAACUUUAGCAAAAAGCCUAUAACACAAAUGGAGGUGGUGCCCGCAGAAAAAUUACUGUUUGUGCUGACAGACAAUAUGAUUCAUGUUUGUGAUAUCAGCAGAAUUGAAAGCAAUUUCGAGUUUAUGCAUAGCUCUAUAGAAACAAAGGGCUGCACCAUGUUUACUAUGGAUGUGGAUAGGCAUAGGUCAACUACAGGGGAGGUGGCGACAGUUAUACGCAUUGGCUGUGUCAUCAAGCGCAGAUUAUCUUUCUUUUUUUGGAAAAAGGAUAAGCUAGCUUCGUUAGAGCUGGUCAUUGAGCUAAAUGAUGUGCCGAAAGCCUUGUCCUGGGUAAAGCAAACUGUCUGCGUGGGCUACAAGGAUGAAUAUGUUAUUUACGACAUAUCAUGUAAUCCACCAAAGACUCAUCCACUCAUUUGGGCCACGCCCAGCGUUAGUCAUGAGCCCAGCACUUGCCUUAUUCGCGACAGCAUGCUGGCCAUUUGCAAAGAAAACUAUCUUAUGCUUAUUGAUCUUAAUCAAUUAAAAUCGAAAGAUGCCAUUAACAAUAAGCCAGAGCUGAUGCAAACCUGGACAAGCCCACUCUUGGGGCUAGUUUGGGAUGAACCUUUUGUUGUGGGACGCAUAAAGAACAACAUUGAGGUGCGUUGCUUGUCUGGCAAGGACACAUUGGUGCAGUUUCUGCCAGAGCUGAAGAAUACAAAAUUUUUAGUGCGUUCAGAUAAGGGCACAAUCUUUGCUGCCGCCUCCUCUGAACUAUGGUGUCUUCGCUUAGUCAACAUUCCCACACAGCGUGAGCAAUUGCAGCAAGACAAAAAGUUUCAGCUGGCAAUUGAGCUAACGGAAAUAUCUGAUGAGGAUGCUGAACAUAAAGCACAAAUAAUACGUUCGAUUCACAUGGCUUAUGCCAAGGAGCUCUUCGUCAAUAAAGAGUUCUCAGCGGCUAUGAAAGAGUUUGAAAAAGCCGACAUUGACCCAUAUGAUGUAAUACGCCUCUUUCCCAGUCUUGUACCAGAACCAAAGAUCGGCGUGGAUGCUCCAAUACCCACAGCUAAUGUACCACGACUGGAAGAUCAUGAUCUUGAGAACGCCUAUUUAGCGCUUAUUGAAUUUCUGGCGCAGGCACGUCAGCGCGAAGUUGUUAAACUGCUUGAUACCAAGAGCAGCUCGAAAUCUUUACUAGAGAUUAUUGAUACUACACUGCUUAAGUGUUAUCUACAGACAAAUGACGCAUUGGUUGGACCGCUGUUACGACUGAACAAAUGUCAUUUGGAAGAGUCUGAGAAAAUGCUAAAGAAAUACAACAAACUCUCAGAACUAAUUAUUCUUUACGAUGGCAAAGGCAAGCACAAGAAGGCUCUAAACCUGCUGCAGGAGCAGGCCACCGUAGAGGGAUCUGUGCUAUAUGGCAUAAAGCGUACUAUAAGCUACCUGCAAUCGCUGGGCGCGGACAAUUUGCCUCUGAUAUUUGAAUUUGCCAGCUGGGUAUUAACAGAGGAUCCAAUAGAAGGACUAAAGAUUUUUACAGAGGAGUUGAUUGCAGUGGAGGCGCUACCACGCGCAAAAGUUCUUGACUUUUUGGUAAGCAAACACAAAGGGUUGGUUAUUCCCUAUUUGGAGCACAUAAUUGAAGUCUGGGGCGACACCAAUACAUUGCUCCAUAAUGUGUUGAUUAAACAGUAUCGUGGUCAAGUGGAACGGCUAUUGACCCAACAAAAUAACGGAGAGGAAACUCCUGAGCUGCUGCCAUUGCGCGCUAAGCUGUAUAAAAUGCUAGAGAAUACGCAAUACUAUUCUCCAGAUCGCGUAUUGGAGGACUUUCCUACCACAUUGCUGCUGGAAGAGCGUGCUCUUAUUUUGGGACGACUCAAAAAGCAUGAAAAAGUUCUAGCCAUAUACAUACAAGUGUUGGGAGAUGUGGCCAAGGCCAAGACCUAUGCCGAAGCAAACUAUGAGGAGGACAAUGAGCUGUUUAAUCUGCUACUCAAAACUGUACUGAAACCAAACCGACAGCCACCCUAUGAGGGCGUUACGCUACAUCCAGACUUUCUAAGGCCCAACACAGAGGUGGCACUUGAGCUGCUGAAUACGUACACUGUAAAAAUUGAGCCUACACUGGCACUAGAAUAUUUGCCAGAUGAUGUUCCUUUGUAUGAGCUAAAGAACUACAUGGAGACUGUGGCGCGCAAGCAGUUGGCCGACAGCCAUCAACGCCAAAUAAUGCGUGGACUGUUGCAAGCUGAGGUGGCACAUCAAGAAGAGCAAAUUGAGAAACUCAAGAAGCAAAGCUUUGAGCUAAACGAAUUCAGCGUUUGUCCGGAGUGUAAAAAGAGGUUUGCAAAUCAAACCGCCUUUGUACGCUAUCCCACUGGGAAAGUGGUGCAUCUAUCCUGCUACGACAGAGCAUUGGAAGCAUCACAGCAUUAAACAGGAUGUGAUAAGAGUUUUAAAAUAAUCUUAAUCUUAUUUAGAUUUACGCAUUAAGCUUUCACUCUAAUAUUUAGUUU